UUAAUCAUACUGUAUAACCCACCUUUAUAAUGAUUUAUUUCAAUUCAGCAUUUUCCUAAUCACAGUCAAUUAAUCAAAGAUACGUUCAGGUUUUUAAGAAAUUGGUUAUGGGUUGACUAGCAGUGGCUGAAUACCAAUUAAUUCCUGCAACUUAAGCGGGUGCUAGAAAUGGGAGAAUAAUGUCGAUUUAGGUCACGACUGUCAUCGCUCUAUACUUAACUAGAGACGAUUUAAUGACAUCUUUAAAACAGUGCCUACACUGUCUCGUGUUUAUUAAUCCUUAUUUACUUUCACUUUAUUUCAUAAUCGUUAUGUUUUACGUGGCCAUAUAUUACUAGUAUUCCUGCUUAUGUAAACAUUUGCCACUUGAGUGAAUUUAAUUCUGCUAUUCGAUAACCAACUUCGUAAAUAACGUAAAAAUAGGCUAGAAAAUAAAAAAAUGAAUAAUGUAUCGGGAAGUGUACGUGUUUUUUGUGUUAUUUACAAGAAUAUUAUCGUAUAAAAUUGAAGUGACGGUUAAACAGGGAAAGCUGAUAGGGCACAGAGAGGCCACAGUUUUUGAUAAGAGACUUUACUUUGUAUUUUAUGGAGUACCAUACGCUAAGCCACCUCUUGGCAAGCUAAGAUUCAAAGAUCCCCAGCCUGAAGCAAGAUGGGCAGGAAUUUAUGACGCAAGUACAGAAUUCCACGGAGCAUGUGCUCAAGCGCACAUUGUUCACAAACACGGACUGUUUGGGACUGAAGACUGUCUAUAUCUAAACAUUUACACGCCAGUAAUUCCUAAAACUGAAGAUGCAGUCCUCAAGCCUGUCAUUGUUUGGCUUCAUGGAUAUGCUUUUACUUCAUCUUUUAGCCACAUUCAUGGAGCAGACUUUUUGAUUGAUAAUGAUGUUGUUCUAGUUACUAUCACUCACAGAGUAGGAGUGUUUGGGUUUCUAAAAAUCAACGAUGAUGAUUCACAUGGUAACAUGGGACUCAAGGACAUUGUCUUGGCGUUGAAAUGGAUCAGAAAGAAUAUCAAGCAGUUUGGUGGUAAUAAAGAUAACAUUACUCUAAUGGGGAGUAACUCGGCUGCUACGUUCAUAUCAUUGCUCUUACUUACAGAGGCUAGUAAACUAUUUUCCAAAAUUAUUUUACAAAGUGGAACAUUAUAUUCUGCUUCAAUAUUACAAGGAGACCACAAGUUGGAAAGAAAAAGACUUAAACAAGAACUUAAGAAGAAAGGCGUAAUAUUAAGUAAGGCCUUAACCAAAGACAUUGUUGAUGCCUCACAAAAGAUAUAUACUCGUUCAGAAGUCGAAAACUUUCAAAGACCUGUAGUGCCGUUUACUCCGAUACUUGAACCAAAAUCAAAAUCUAGUUUAUUAACAGAAUCACCAAAAGAUUUUUUUGAUAUUAUGAAACGGAAAAAGAUUAAACCUUUGUUAAUGGGUUUCAAUACUCAAGAAAGUAUAUCAGAAGUUAUACCGUUUAUACACAACCCAUAUUAUUUGAGACUAUUUCGAAAGUUUUUUAAGUAUAUGGUUCCAUUUCAUGACGGAUGCAGUUACAACACUACAUCGAGAGAGUACAUGCGCGUAUCGGAAGAAAUAAAGGAUAGGUACUUCAAAGAAGGUAUAACAGAACAAUCCCUCGAACAUUUUUUGAGAUACACAUCUGAUCUUAUUAAGUACCCCAUAAUCAAAUUCAUUCAUAUUUACUUGAAGCUAAUUAAAGCGAACACUAAGAAGAUAUUUAUGUACAAGUUCGACUACAGGGGUUCGCUCAACGCUGUUAAGGCAACUUCGCUAGGGAUGUCUAAUGCAAGAAUAAAAGGUGUUGCGACUGGCGACGAAAUAUGCUACGUACUUAAGUGUGAACCACUUUGGGAAGAUUAUGUGAAAAUGACUAGAGAUGACGUCAAUACCGACAAAACAGUUAUCAAAGAAAUGUCAGGAUUAUGGGCAAACUUUGCAAAGUAUGGUGAUCCAACCCCAGCAAACUAUACCGGCAAUAUAACAUGGCCGCCGAUGAGUGUAGAUGGUAGUAAUGUUUUAUUGAUAAGAAAAACAUUUACUACAAUUGAUUUUAGAGCAGAAACACUCAUAUAUCGUUUCUGGAAUCACAUAUAUGAUCGAUUUUAUCAGAACCACCAUUGUAAACCAAAACAUGAUGAGCUGUAGUAUUAAU